AUGGAAGCAUCAAAGGUCGAUGUGCUCAUUGUCGGGGCCGGCCCCGCGGGCCUCAUGCUCUCCCUUUGGAUGGCCAAGCUGGGCGUCAAGACCAGAGUCGUGGACAAGCGAACUGGCAAAAUCGCGUCCGGUCAAGCAGACGGAUUUCAGUGUCGUACCCUAGAGAUUUUCGACAGCUUCGGCAUCGGACACAAAGUAUGGCACGAGGCAAACCAUAUGCAUGAGGUCAGUUUCUGGAACCCGGGCGAGGAUGGCAAGAUUCGUCGCCACCACCGCGGUCCCAAUACUCAACCGAAUCUUUCGCGGUUCACCGAGGCCGUACUGCACCAAGGCCGCGUCGAGAGCAUCCUCAUCGAUACAAUCCGGGCCUCUACCUCUCCCAAACACCCAUUGGUCGAGAUUGAGCGGAGCGUGAUGCCUACGUCGCUGCACAUUGACGAGAGCUGUGUUGAUGAUGAAGAUGCCUAUCCCGUAGAAGUGACGCUGCGCCAUCUGACUGAGGAAGAAGCUACCCCGACGCAGAGGCUAAGUAAUCUACAAGAUGGGCUGUAUAGGAGCAACUUAGCGGAGGAUGAUACAGAGAGGCUGCUCGCGAAGACUGAGGGUGUUGGGAGAGAGGAGAAGGUUCGAGCCAAGUAUGUGGUUGGAUGUGAUGGGGCGCAUUCGUGGGUGAGAAAGACGCUUGGUGAAGAGUACCAGAUGAAGGGUGAAUCGACUGAUGCCAUUUGGGGAGUGCUGGACAUUGUUCCCAUCACAGACUUUCCGGACAUUAGAAGCAGGUGCAUGAUACACAGCGCCGAGUUCGGAGCCAUCAUGAUCAUUCCGAGAGAAAACAAGCUUGUCCGAGUUUACACACAACUCAAAUCCGUAUCCACGGGCACAGGACGUGUUGACAGGUCACAAAUCACCCCAGAUGUCAUCUUGGACACGGCAAGGAAGAUUCUGAGCCCUUACACUCUUGACUACCACUACAUUGAUUGGUGGACAGCAUAUCAAAUCGGGCAACGAGUCGGCGAUCGUUUUAGCAAACACAACCGUGUUUUCCUUACAGGAGGUGAGAGAGCAAUCCCUGCAGACAAUUUAGCUCGAGAGGUCGGUGCCGGGUUUACUAACGCGAAGGCAGAUGCGGUGCAUACACACUCGCCCAAGGCCGGCCAAGGCAUGAACGUUUCCAUGGGAGACACGUACAACCUUGGGUGGAAGCUCGGCCUCGUAUGCAAGAAGCUGCUACAGCCGCAGGUACUUGAUACGUACGAGCUGGAGCGGAGGCAGAUUGCUCGGCAGCUCAUUGCCUUUGACCACAAGUUCUCCAGGCUCUUCUCAGGGAGGCCGGCCAAGGAUGCCUCUGACGAGGCGGGAUCUUCCAUGAGUGAAUUUCAACAGGCUUUCAAAGAAGCACAAUUGGUAAGUGUACAUCUUCGUAUUCCCAGCGCUCCCCAUUACCCGGUAGAUGGCCAGGAUGUCCCUUGGGCUGAGUCGAUCGGGCUGCAAAUGGGGAUCGCUAUUGGCCGCGAGGCCUAUGUUACGUCUUUGCUAAUUGAAAACCCGCAGUUCAUCACAGGUGUCGGCAUCCGCUAUCAACCCAGCAUUCUCACAUCAGACAGCGGUUCGAAAGGAGGCUUGCAAGGCGCUGAGACACCGUCUCAAAGCCAGGUCACGAGCGUAGCCGGAUCUGCCGCGCACUGCCAGCCCGGCCGCCGCUUUGCGUCGCAAAUCGUGCAGUCGCAGGCAGACGCCCGGCCGUGGGAGCUGCAGCUGCAUCUGCCGUCCAAUGGCCGGUUCCGCGUCGUCGUGUUCGGGGGCGACAUCUCGCAAGCCACGCAGCUGGCCACGGUCAACGAGCUUGGCGGCUGGCUCCAGGCCAACGUGCUGUCGCCGGCCAAGUCGCCUCGCAUCAGCCUCGCUCCUGGGCCCGACCCGCGAGGAGGAUCGGGAUCCUCGCAGUGGAGGACGGAGGAGGACCCGUCCAUUGUCGACGUGCUGCUGGUGCACUCGGCGCCGCGGGACAAGAUUGAGCUGCUGCAGGAUCUGCACGACGUCUUCCACCCGUUCGACAAGAGGCUGGGCUGGGACUAUGGCAAGGUGUUUGCCGACGAGCUUGGCAAGGCACACGAGCACUAUGGCGUUGAUGCAGGCAGGGGGGCCGUUGUAGCGGUGCGUCCCGACGGGUACAUUGGUCUGGUGACGGGGCUGCAGGCGGAAGAUGGCUGGACGCGGCUGCAGGGUUGGUUUGGAGGGUUGUUGAGGCCGAGUCCGGCGAGCUCCAGCUGA